UUCAUGCAGCGGAGGAGGGGGGUGUGUGUGAGGAGGCGAGAGGGAAAUCCAUGACUUCCGCGUUUUUCCUCCGUGUCUGAAACUGUGUGUACAGCCUAGUAGGCUACUGUAUAGUAUAAAAAGCCAUCAUGGUGCUCACAGACGCGACAUUCACAUUAAGACGCGGACUGGGCUGUGUGAUAUCAAGAGGACUAUCUUUGUGGAGGUAAACCCCCGAACAUCUGGAGCUUUACAACUUCUAAAGCCUUUUGUUCACUGAGUCUAAAAACUGUACGGUUUGAACAGUCUCCCUGAAGCUCAGGCAUCCUGCCGAUUGAUGGGACACCAAGAUAAAGAAAUGGACAUUGAGUCUCUCCAGAAGAGCAGCCGCCGCCGUGGAAGCUGCCUGGACGUUUUUCUCGUCGGUUCAGUCAUUUGUCUGUUCGUGACAGUGGCAGCUGUGGCUGCCGGCGGACUGAUGGUUGUGAUGGAGCUGCGGUCCGAGCUGCAGUCCAAACUCCCGCGUCGGCAUGUUGAGCCUGAAACGUCGAAGCUGUCAGGAGACACCCCUGACCCAGCAUACAAGAUGCAGAACUUUGCCUAUUUGGAAGCCCUGUCAAGCAAGUUGAAGAACUCCACCAUGCACUGGGCUCCAGUCCACUACGCUGCUGGGAGGUCGGUAGGAAGCAACUUCUGGUUUGAUGCAGAGCAGCAUUGGCUGAAGGCCAAACAGGUGGGGACCUACUUCAUGUACAUUGAGCUCAACCUCACCUGCACCUACAACUGCAACGCAGGCAUCCUCAGGGUGAAUGUGGGCGAUAAGCUCACCUGCGAAGUGAAGCUUCCGGCUUUGGCAGAUUCAACACCUGUGAGCAGACAGUGCUGGACAGUGAGCCAGCUCAAUGAAGAGAAACUGUUCACUCAGAUGAUUGUACCAAAGGGACUGGAGAACUGGAAAUUGGAGCUGAGCGGCUCAAAAUUGGGGAUGUUCCUUGUGGACUAAUGUGGACAUUGUACAUCUGUCAUUAUAAUGCAGAUCCACCCAAUGACCUUUGGGCAGUAACUAAAGAACAACACUCGUUUUUGUGUACUUAAAGUCCAAGUAGGUGAAAAUGGGCAGGCGUCUGUGCCAUUUUCAAAGCUAUGACCAGAUUUCUUGCAAACUAAGACAAUGAAGGUCAUCAGGAUUUUAAGGUGGAAUCUAAAGAGAUGAUGCAAACAGCGUAUGAAAAAGACUAGACACUCACCUCAUUCUGUAUAUGUGUAAAUAUGUUACUUUGUAUAUUGUGUAUUUAUUUGGAACUAUUUAUAUAAAUAUUUUAUACACCUUUAUUUUGAUGUAGAUAUCACUACAUUCAUGUUCAUGUGCAAUAUGUUGCAAGUUUAAAUAGCCUACAUUGAGUUAAGUGUGACUUUAUAGCUCAGUUUUCAUUUCAUAAAUGGCUGAGGGCAUAUAGUUUAGGCUUACAAAAAUGUGUCAUUAUAAUUCUGCUCCAAAACCCCAACAAGCUCCUCAGAGACCUCAUUAAGAUCUAGUGUAGUUAAAGUGAAGUCAUUUAUCUCUUCAGUGAUGAGUAACACUCUGCACUUAAAUGACUUUUACAGAAACAAGGUCCCAUAAAAAAUUAUCCUUCUGUAAUCAAAACAUAACCAGAAUGACUAAAAUAUCUUUAAUAUGUGGACUCAUGAAAUGUUUUGUUUUUGAAAGAUAUGUACUGUAAGUCCUAUGGACAAACUACAAACUGGUAAAUGUAAUGUAUUUUAUUGUAAUCCAUAUUAAACUUGGAAAUGGUGAACACUGA